AUGACUUUGAUCUGCGUCCUCAUCUGGACACUCCUCUGCUGCUGCUUCACAGAGUCCAGAGGCCAGGUCACAGUGACUCAGCCUGGAUCAGUGAGGUCUGGUCUGGGAGGAACCGUCACCAUCAGUUGUAGAACCAGUCAGAAUGUCCGUGUUUGGAGCAACUACCAGUAUUUAGCCUGGUACCAACAGAGAGAUGGAGGACUUCCUAAACUUCUCAUUUAUUGGGCUAACAAUAGAGCAUCAGGGAUUCCAGAUCGUUUUUCAGGCAGUGGAUCAAACUCUGACUUCACUCUGACCAUCAGUGAAGUCCAGACUGAAGAUGCAGCAGUUUAUUACUGUCAGAGUGAACACUACAUCAACAAUCAGGGUGUGUUCACACAUGUGUCUGUGAGGGAAUGUAUGAUGAGUGACUGGGUGUGUGGAGCCCCAUGUGGUGGGUACCUGGAAGGAGGGUGGAGCCAGAGAGGGAGAGAAAGGCAUAAGACCCAGCAGGACGGCAGCCAGACAGUGACUCAGCCUGGAUCAGUGACCUCUGGUCUGGGAGGAACCGUCACCACCAACUGUAGAACCAGUCAGAAUGUUUAUGUCAGCAGCAACUACCACCGUUUAGCCUGGUACCAACAGAGAGAUGGAGGAGUUUCUAAACUUCUCAUUUAUUAUGCUAGCACUAGAGCAUCAGGGAUUCCAGGUCGUUUUUCAGGCAGUGGAUCAAACUCUGACUUCACUCUGACCAUCAGUGGAGUCCAGACUGAAGAUGCAGCAGUUUAUUACUGUCAGAGUUUUCACUACAUCAACAGUCAGAAUGUGUUCACACAGUGA